ACGUCACAACAACGUGUUCCUUCCGUCCGACGCUGUGUGGAGCUGCUCCGGCCGAACGUGAACCGAGACAAAAGCACCGAAGUGAAGCGGACCCUCCGGAUCAAUCAAUGUGUCACCAUUAACCGUUUCGGAACCAGGAUCGAGCCUUCCGACCGUCGCCGUCCACCGUGGAGUGACGCGAGGUGGAUCCCUGUCAGUCAUAAAUGGAGACUGACAGGAAGGACUCCUGUGUCCGAGACAGCUGCACAAUAACACCACCAUCCUGAACUCGGAAGGGUCAAUGACCCGACGUGGACGGAAAAGCUAAGAGUCAAGCACACAAACCUGAUAUCUGGAGGGAAACCCUUUUGGCUGCUGCAAUGGACGGGGAGGAAGUUCUCACUCACCUGAGUGAGGAUUUGAUCAGUGAACCCAUCGACCCUAUCGAUCGGAGACGAGAGGCAAAAGGGACUUGCCUUAAAAUCGAGGGCCAGGAUGGUUAUGUCUUCAAAUCCUACAGCUUUACCCCUCACGAGAUCCAAGACAUCAAGUCGCCAUCCUGUUCGUCAUUAACACUGGAUACAGACACUUUCCACCCUUUUAAUUUUGCUACUCAGGACGAUAAAGACUUGGAGCCGAACUUGGAUGACGACACUGACCCGACUUCACCCACACUUUCUAAUAAAUGCCUCAACACUGAAGUUAACGGCGAGGAUGAGAAGUACGAAAAUCAACCAAAUGACCAUCUCAAUAAUCAAAAUGAAGACACCAACGGCAUGGAAGAUGACUUGCAGGAUGAUGAAAGGCUGGCGUUCAGUAGUGCUUUUGGGCCCUUUGUCACGAAAGAUGGGGAUGACUACAGUAAUCUACUUUGUGGCUACACAAGCACACUCUAUGAUGUUGCCAUGGACGCAGUGACGCAGAGUCUAUUGUCAUCAAUGCGUAGUAACGGCAACCCGAGGAAAAAGUCCCCCGCAUGGAAUCAUUUCUGCAUAUCGCCUCGUGACAAUACCAAAGCAAUCUGUUUAUACUGCAUGAAAGAGUUCAGUCGAGGCAAAAACGAGAAAGACCUAAGCACCUCCUGUUUGAUGAGACACGUACGAAGGGCUCACCCUACCGUGCUCCUGCAUGAGGGAGCAGAUAUACCUGUGAACAGUCUGCCCAGCACUCUCACCUCAUCCAUGAUACCUCCUUCCCCCAGCUCGCCAAAAAGUGAAGAUCUGAUCAACAGCGUUUUCCCACCCGCCUCACCGUCCACGUCUUCAGCCGAAAAUUCCGACCUGUCGUCCAAAGAAGUUCCACCCAAAGUUGAACCAAAAUUAGAACUCCCUGUCAGCACUGAAACGGUGUGCAACACGCUGUCGUCUUCAAAUUCAUUUGACAACAACCUCGAAGAAAUGCCAGACACGGGGCAAGAGCGCCCUCCGGGAGUGCCCAAAGGCUCAAGUUCAAGACGGAGAUCUGCCGUAUGGAAACACUUCUACCUGUCGCCCAUCGACAGUUCAAAAGCAGUGUGCAUCCACUGCAUGAAUGAAUUCAGCAGGGGCAAAAAUGGCAAAGAUCUUGGUACAAGUUGUCUCAUUCGCCACAUGUGGAGGGCCCACAAAGAGGUUGUCAUUGAGGAGAAUGGACAUGGCAGCCAUCUUUCCCUUCCCUACGCAAACCCAGCAUCCCUUUUGUCGCGUACACAACUUCAGGACCACUUGGAAAUGAGGAAUUCCCCCCAUCCCCAGUCCUCACCGGAAACCAUAUCUGAUGAAUUGCCCCAAAGCAUUGAAGAAACCAUGGGUAUCAAGCUGGAAGCUGAUGAGAUAAUGCAUCUCUCUGGACAGGAGUCGUCUCUGAAUCUUUCCUUCAAAGAACAGGGGGAGGACACACCGCUCACGGCCUCACCAAAAGACACCCCUGACAGUCCCACGCCAAACCAGGAUCACUUGGUUUUCCAACAAAACAAAAAAAUAAUGAAGAGAGUAAAAUCAGAAGUCUGGCAUCAUUUCAUCGUCUCCCCAGUCGACCAGUUGAAAGCGCUGUGCCGUUACUGCCCGUGUGUCAUCAGUCGGGGGAAGCGGGGUGAUUUCGGUACUAGCUGUCUCAUGCGUCAUCUGGUGCGACGCCACCCCGAUGUCCUCAGAAACCAAAAAGGCACAUUUGACAAGGAGUCCUCGCCAUUCCCCUAUGCGGGCGCCGCAGACCCAGUUUCUGCCAAAGAAACUGAAAGCCCUCCUGCUGAUAACAAGUCCCAAACCCUGCCUGUUUUCCACAAAAAGACGUCGAAACUGUGGAACCAUUUCUCAAUUUCCCCCGACGACCCCACAAAAGUGGUCUGUUUGCACUGCACCCGCACAAUUAGUAGAGGCAAAAAGACUACUAACCUCGGCACUAGCUGCCUCCUCAGGCACAUGCAGAGAUUUCAUGGACAAAUUCUUGAUUCUAAGGGUUCUAUCUCAGGUGACGUGCGGUCUGCGGAAAUCUGCGUCAAGCAAGAGCUCAUGGAAACUUCCAUUUAUCAACAGGAGGAGGCCCAUGACAGGUUUGAUGAAAAUCACCCAGCUGCCAAAAAAAUCACCAAACUUAUCGCAGAAAUGCUUGCACUGGAUCUCCAGCCAUCAUCUCUGGUGGAGAAUGCUGGACUUAAUAGACUACUAGAGUACCUCCAGCCUCAGUAUUCCUUACCCUCCUCUUCUUACUUUACCAGCACUGCCAUACCCGAAAUGUACGAACGUGUGAAGGAAGUCCUGUUGACACACCUGAAGGAGGCAGAAGCCGGCGUUGUCCAUUUCACAACCAGUAUUUGGAUAAGCAGCCAGACUAGAGAGUACCUGACCCUCACUGCGCACUGGGCCUCUUACGAGUCAAGCAUCAGACCCCAGGGUCAGGACUGUCACUGCUCAGCUCUCCUGAGUGUCUCCCAAAUAGACUGUGAUAAUGAUAUGCAAGACAUCCCAAAGCAACUGGAAUAUCUUUGGGACUCUUGGAUCACCUCAUCUGGGCUUAAAAGAGGCUUCACUGUCACUGAUAACAACACCAUCAGUCACACUUUGGAGGAUCACGGCCAUGACACCAUGCAGUGUUUCGGGCACACGAUAGACCUCAUUGUUAGUGAAGCCAUAAAGAGUCAGAGGAUGGUCCAGAGCCUGCUGAGUAUUGCACGGAAGCUGUGUGAGCGUGUGCACCGGUCGGCAUCCGCCAAGGAGAAGUUAGUGGAACUCCAGAGGCUCCACCAGCUCCCGGAGAACCAACUCAUCCAAGAUGUCCCUUCCAAGUGGAUGACCUCCUUGUUCAUGCUGGAGCGGCUGGUGGAGCAAAAGAAAGCCAUUGAUGAGAUGUCCAUCGAGUGCAAUUUCAGGGAAAUAAUCAGCGAGGAUCAGUGGGAGGUGAUGUUGUCGGUCUGUAACGCUCUGAAACCCUUUGAGGUCGCCUGCAGGGAGAUGGGCAACCGCACUGCCACUCUGGGCCAGGUGAUCCCGCUCAUACACAUCCUCAACAGGAAAAUCGAUCUGCUGUUUGACGAGACAGUGGGUAUUGACAACAUGCUCAAGUCUCUGAGAGAUUCCAUGGUGAGCCGGAUGUCAUCCACACUGAAUGACCCACGGUAUACCUGGGCCACCAUGCUGGAUCCCCGGUACAAGACCUCCUUGUUCACAGAGGAAGACGCCGAGCGAUGCAAGCAAGAUCUGAUUCAGGAAAUGGAAAUGGCUACCUCACUUGCAGAUAAAUGUCCCAUGCCAAAUGGCUUCAACGACGCCUCUGAAUCGUCCGGCUCUUCCCCCUCCGACAAAGACAACCUCUGGUCUCUCAUGGGGGACGUCAGACACAGCAAGCCAGAGGAGAAACCAAAGUCCUCUGAGCUGGCUGUGCAGGAAUACCUUGAGGAAGACAUACUCGAUCAAAGCUGUGACCCCCUAGACUAUUGGAAUCUGAAGAAGUUCCUGUGGCCCGACCUCGCCAAAGUGGCCGCCCGCUACGUGGGCUGCCCCCCCAGCAUCGUCCCUGCCGAGACCCUGUUCAGCACAGCGACCAUCAACUGUGCUCUGAAUCAGCCCAGACCUUUACUGGACAACAUGGAAGGCCUGCUCUUCCUCAAAGUCAACCUUCCACUGAUUUACUUUCAGUACUAACUUAAAUGAAGCGCUCACUUGAAAACCCUUUACCAAGGACCAAGAGGCAUAGCUGUGAAACGUUAGUUGUGAUGUAAAUGAUAAAUUUAUACACUGAUUCUCAAUGCAAAGGCCAGUUUGGAGUUGUUUUUUUUUUUUUUUUUAAUGUGUCGUGUACUACUGUCAAACACUUUCAAGAUGUGAACGUCUGAAGUGUAUCAGGGAGGGAGGGGUUUCUAGCUGUAGGGGGUUUGUGUGUGUUUUUGCUCGUCCGUUGUCCUCGUCUUCUCUCUCCUUGUGCCUUAUUGGAAAACUACUUCAGGUCAAAAACGCUGUAUAUAACAUUUUUGUUCAGAGCACAUGAUUUUUUUUCUUUUUUUUGUUUUUGUUCUUAAAGCAUAGAAGGAGAAUAGCUGCAGAGUGUCUUCUGAACCAAAAAAAAUAAUGCUGUGACUGAAAGUUGUUAAGUUAUUUAAGUUUCAUUGUUGUGACUCAUGGUACUGUCUAGAUAUAGUUUUUUUUUUACUUGUUUUUAUCCUGUAAGAUAUCGCUGCAUUUUCUGAAUUUGUUUGAAAAAUACUUUUUGUCUCUGAAGCACAAUUUUAAGUUUAUGUCUGGGGAUUAAUUUAUGGGUUUAUUAUUAUUGAAGCAAUGUACUGUACAUUUUUAUAUUGAAUUCUGAAGACAAUUUGAUAAAUGUUUUGGUAGCCUGACUGGAACAUGCAAAUUUUGUGGUCAUUUGUAA